UCCGGACGCCGCGGGCGCGGGAGCGCGGACAUCCUGGGUCCCGGCUGAGCGUGUCCCGGGAGCCCAGCGGUGCUAGCUCACUCUGGGCAGGGCAGACCCCCGUGGGACCCGGCGCCGGCUGUUCUGGACUGGACAGAGCGAAGCCUGGACGGUGCCAAGCCGGGGGAAUGCCGGGUGCGGGCUGAGGGAUCCCGGCGCCCUCGGAUCCCUCCGACUUUGGCUAACGAGCUGGGACUGGCCCGGCGUCGCCUCGGUCUCCCUGAGCCCGAGUCACCUGUGGCCUCCGAGCGCCGGGCCCGCCGGACCCUUGCUUCUUACCCACCCAGAGCCCGGCGGGGGUUGGGGGAGAUUUUUCCUUCCCCCUUUCCGGGAACGCGGAGGCCCCGCCCCCUCCCACCGCCCAGAUGUCUCCAGGGGUGGUUCUGAGGACCUUCCUGAGGCCAGGGGCCGAAGGGUCCAGAGAAAGAAGCCCGCCCUAGGGAGCCUGGGGGCCCCCCCAACCUCGACUUGGGGCUUGGCCCCCAACGCUGCUCGGAAGGCAGGCCGGUGCCCCCACCCUCGGGGGCUGAUUCUCCAAUCCAGCUCUCUUCCCAGAGCUACCCACAUCUGGAGCCCCCUCCACAUCUGGAAGACCCCAGCCACCAUCUAGUUGCAUCCAGAGACCUCUGCCUUUGCAACUGCCCAGGAGUCGUGAAGGGGUUGCUGCUGCCUUCCCCUAAUCACAAGGGCAUCUCUUACUCUUAGUCCCUGCAGAGUCAUCCCCCUGCCUCUGUGUCCAAGCUCAGCCAGACAUCAGCCCAGCAUACCCACAGGCACUUCAAGUCCUGGAGGCCACUCCUGAGACCCAAAGCCCCUCCCCCACCCCUCCUGUGUCCUCACCUUGACCCCCUCUGUCAGAUUCUGUCUCCCUCUGGGUGUCCCAUUCCCCACCCAGAGGCAGAGGAGGAGAGAGGUCAGGGGGCAGGGGCUGGGUGAGGGCCACCCAGGGCCAGGGUGGGCUGGGGGGCCGUUAAGAUGUGGAGCUCUGCCUGGCCGAGGGGGGCUUCGUGGAGGCAGACGCAGUGUGUGCCUGGCUGGGGGGAGUAUGGGCAGGCCUGCGGCCACGUGGUAAAGGAUGAACAUUCGGGGCACCCUGGACCUCGGGCAGCCCAGUGACGACCCCAGCAGUGGUGGCCAGCGUGAGCGGAUUCGACAGCGCAUGAAGAUGGUCAUCGGGCAGCUCGAAGGCAUCCUGCGGGAGCUCAAGGAGGUGGCCAAGGAGCUCAGGGAGGUGGUGAGCCAGAUUGAUAAGCUAACCUCAGACUUCGACUUUGAACUGGAACCGGAUGACUGGACCACGGCCACUGUGAGCAGCACCUCCAGCAGCGACAAGGCGGGCAUAGGUGGCCCUUUUGACCUGGGCCACCUCGACUUCAUGACAGCUGACAUCCUCUCAGACAGCUGGGAGUUCUGCUCCUUCCUGGACGUCUCUACCCCCUCAGACUCUGUGGAUGGCCCAGAGCCAAACCGGCCAGGGGCUGGCCCUGACUACCGGCUCAUGAAUGGUGGCAUGCCAAUUCCCAAUGGGCCACGGGUGGAGACCCCAGACUCCUCUAGCGAGGAGGCCUUCAGCACAGGCCCUGCCAAGGGCCAGCUGCCCCAGCGGACCCCGGGCACACGGGAGAGAGUGCGGUUCAGUGACAAAGUGCUCUACCAUGCUUUGUGCUGUGAUGAUGAAGAGGGGAAUGGCGAGGAGGCAGUGGCAGAGGAGGAGGUGGGCCUGUCCCCAGAGACUCCCCGUACAGAGGUCCAUGUGGGGCCUCUCAAGACCUCCCUGGCCCCCUACAAGCCGAGGCGCUCUCCACUGACCGGCCACCGCUCAGGCCCCACCUCGGCUCCUGAGCAGACCCGAAGGGUCACAAGGAACAGCAGCACCCAGACAGUGUCAGACAAGAGCACGCAGACGGUAUUGCCCUACACGGCCACCAAACAGAAAGCCAAGGGGAAAAACUAGGGGCCAGGGAGGGGGCAUAGUGGUGGGCACAUAGAGUUAUAAAUAUAUACAUAUAUAUUUAAACAAACUCAGUCAUAAUAAAAUUUAAAAAUGCUAAGGA